AUGAAGAGCCCGGCCAAAAGGAUACUGAUGUUUCCCAAACUGUGGCUGGUAGAAUCUGAAGACGACAAAUACGGCCCGCAAAUGUCGACUACACGGCGACUGCUGCGAACGGCGGCGAGGCGGUAUGGCGUCACUUUGAUGCCCAUGGAGCCUAUUGUGGAAGGCGCAGACGACACACUGCCCUCUUCCUACUCACUAGCAAGCCUGUACUCACUGGUAGACUACGAGCGGCUACUCUACCUCCAAGGUCCGGGCGUGCUGCUCGACGCAUCGGCCUUGGACUCACUGCUGGCUUUCUCCAAGUCAGAGCCCAUGGCAGCGUACCCCGCCACGCCAGAACGAACCGACAUGUCGACAUCACUCCUGAUGAUACACCCGUCACAACAGAGCUACAACCAGCUGAGGACAAUGCGCACGACAAAUCCGACGUCGGACCUCAACAUGUUCCGCAAGACGUUCACGGUGCCGGACUCAUUGAUCUCGGAGUGGUCGCUGUCAAUGGGCAACGUGGUCUACGAAUCGCAGAACCUGCGCAAUGUCGUCGACGACUUCAACGCGACGGCAUUCGAGCAGGCGACGACGUUCGUGAGGCUGUCGGAUCCCGAAAUACCAGGACCGGAGUACGACAUUCCUUUUUCUGAACGCGCCAAGCUGCGGCCUCAGAACGCACAGGCGCAAGAGGCGUGGAGCAAGCUGUACGAGAGGUUCCGGCAACGGCGCAUGGAAGUGUGCGGCCUUGACCUGGAGACGUACCAGCCGAUCGUGGUGUCUGGUGGGGCCGAUGAGCUGUGA